AUGAUCAUCGGUAACACAAAAAGUUUCAGUGCACAUGCAACAGUGAACGAUGAGUUAGCGGGUCGUAUUCAAUCGGGUACGCUGAAAAUCAAACCAAAUAUUUCAUCAUUUGGUGAGACGAAUGUUACAUUCGAGGAUGGGUCAUCCGUUGAGAAUGUGGAUGAGGUUGGUUCAUUUUUGAUAUGUCUUGUGAACACUCCGUCUUUUCAGCAUUCGAUCUUAAUCGUAAGCAUUUGA